AUGUGGAGAAGAGCUAUAAAGAGUCGUAGAAUCGGAUGUUAUGGACUGGGAUUUAUUGCAAUACAAAAAUAAAUAACUUUUAUUGCUUAAAUGGAGUGGACACAAAUGAUAAAAAUUGUAUGAACUUAUCACGUUUAAGUUAUUUAGAUAAGUCCAGGCAGAAAUAAUAAAACCAUAACUGACAGAAAAGUAUCGGACUUAGUUUGCUGUUGGAAUGAUAAUAGAGGUGUUUGGAAUGUUUGUGUGUGUCCGUGACAAGCAAAUAGUUUCCGGGCGAGGAGAGAGAUUGAAACGGAGAGAACGAAGGAGCAUUUGUUAAAAGUCACCCCUACGCAAUAAAAUCUCCAGUUUUGGCAUAGUUACGACUGCACUUCUGGCUACAACAUGGCAAGAUAGCAAAGAAGAAGAAAAAACGAAUAUGGGAGGUUAAGGAAAGUGAGAGAAACAGAGAGAGAGGAAGGAUGUGGGUUGAGCGAGGACUUGCAGCAGCAGCAGAAGCAGAUAUAUUGGCAACUCGCUGUAAUCUGAUUAUAUUUAUCCGGACAGCCGCGUCCAUAUUUAAUGGAUUUAUCGUUCGUUUUGUGUUAUUAUUGUUUGCCGUUGAAAAUAUAAACAAGGGACCCGAAAUUAAUUACCACCAUAAACAAUAGGCGUCUGCAAAAAUAAUCAUUUCCGAUAUUAUACAGCCAUAAAGCGUGCGGGGAUCGAUCGCCAUUUUUCGCUCGCCAUUUGCGAAACAUUCAAUUCGAGCACGGCAACGCAAUUUGCGAGUUAAUUAAAAUAGUUCGGGGUUGGCCCUGCGCGAUUGCGAGAAACCAUCCAGACCAACCGACCAAACCUUCCCACCCUCCCGGACUGAUUGUGAAAUUUUAAAAGUUUUUUAAUUUCCAAUCGCUUUAAUAUAUGACAUUCCACUUAUUCUCAUCUUUCAGUUCAGCGAUGAAUUUGAAACGAGAACAUCAUCAUUAGUGGACAAUACACAGUGCAAAAAUGAAUGAAACCAUGGAUGAUGAAAAAUUAAAAACGGAUCAAUCUAGAAAUGUUUACCUCUUGAUUCGCUUCGAGGAUGAAGAUUGCGGAUACCCCGAUUUCAUCACAAUCGGUAAACAAAUCAGAGUUAAAGAUCUUACAUAUGAACGAGAAGCGACGAUUGUAUCGGUAUAUGAGAAUUACGAUAAGUUGGUUGAGUCAAUAUCUUAUUGUAAAAAUAAAGUGAUAAAAGAAGAGCUUAUGGAAGAAAUUUAUUACGAUUCUCAAGUACAUAUGGAAACGACUGAAAAAGAUGAACAAGAGAGAAUUAAGGACAAUCAAAACACAAACUUACAGGAUGAGGAAAUAGAAGAAAGUCAGAUAGAACAUUCCCAAGUACUUUUAAACAACUGUGAUAUAGAUUCAAAAUUUGAUAUAGAGUACAAUGGUGUAAAUGUGGAUGUGUCUUCACUACUCAAAGUGAAAGAUAAUUUAGAUGAGUCUUCAGAAGUACAAAUAUCAGAUAAUGUAGACUCAUCUGCAGUAGUCAAAGUGUCAAAUAAUGUGGAUGAGUCUUUAUUGGUAAAAGUGAAAGAUGAGAUUUUUGUCACAUUACCACCAAAUAAUUCGCAAGUCCCCAGAAAUAUAUACAAGUCCAUUAAUUGGGAUAACUACCGUGAAGCUACAGAGGGUCUGCUAAAGAGUCUUUUCAAUAAGAGAACCUUAGCAACUCGAACCAUGACUGGUAUGAAACGUCAGGGGCAUCGGUACUGUAAUAAAUUAGACCCGGAAAAAAUUGAGGAUAUAAUUCAAUGCGUAACAUCCAAGUGCAAUACUCAGUCACCUUUAGUAAGACGAGCAAUUACCAAGAUAUGCUAUAAAGCUAAACUAUCGUGUAAGAUUAAUUUAAAAACUUUUUAUAGAAACAAACAAAAGUUCCAUUUAAAAGGCUCAAAUUUAAUGGUACAAUUUCAAGAUGAUAGCGUACUGUUCGGUCCAAAUAAAACUAGAAUGUCAAAAGAUAUUUUCAAUUCUAUAGAUUGGAGUCGUUUUGCUAAGGCGGUUGAAUCUAUAUUAUCAUGUUUGUACAGCAGCGACGUUCUAGUAACGAAUUAUUUGAACACCGAUAAACGAUCGAAUCCACCAGAACUGGACCCAAAAAAGGUCGAAGACAUACUUUAUAUUGUAAACAAAAAGAGCGGACGGGAUAAGGCUCACAUACGAUUUGCACUAAGAAAGAAAUGGUCUUCAUUUUUUCAAGCAUCGCCUGGAACGGAACCAGUAACCAAAGAUCCAGACAUGUCAAGAAAUAUCUUUAUCGGACCAAAUAAUAGUAAGAUGAAGAAGGAGAUUUUCGAACUAAUCAACUGGCGUGAUUACGCUGCAGCCACGAGAAGCCUACACUACGCGCUCAUCGGAGGUGGGCAAUCCACCACACAAACUAGACGGAGCAUAAGUUUUGAAGACAUUCCCAGAGAAAACGAAUCGGAAACAUAUGAUAAAAAAAUAGAGGAUAUCAUUCAUAUCGUUACAGAAAAAUGUGUGGUGACGAAAAAUAAAGUAAAGGACGUAUUAUACAACAAUGCAGCAGGAAGACCAUCCAGGAAAAUACAGAAGAAAAGAUAUUGAUUAUAUUUUGUAUCUGUGUAUAU